AAUAAUAGACAAUGUUAGGAAACUGGUAUAAGUUCUUCUGAAGUCUUUAGAGAAACAACAACCAAACAAAACAUCAUGAAAUUCCUUACUUUGUUUGCUGUAGCCGCUUUGGCCUUCACCGUCGUUGCUGGCGAUUACACCGAAAGUCACGUUGAAACUAUCCCUUCUUACACCCGACUUAUCAAGGAAUACUCUGCUGAUGUCGUUGAAUACUUUGGCCGUUUCUACGAAUUCUUCAAGAACUUCGUCUACCAAGUUUUCCAAAAGUUUGCUCAAUUCUUCCCUGCUGAAGUGAAAAACGCUUUCGAAAAUGUCUACAAAAACUGGCCCAGAUUCGAACAAUUGUUCACCCCUGAAUUCUUCACUGCCGCUAGAGAAUUCUUCCGUGCCCUUAAGGAUUUCUUUAUGCCUCAUCAAUUCUACGCUUUCGUCGACAACGCCUUGAAAGCCUUCCCCACCGUUACUGAAUUGUUGCCUCCUGGUUUCUGGCCCACCAUUGGCCGUUAUUUGGAAUACGUUCCUUUCGCUAAAGAAACCGUCCAUCAAUGGUACUACGUUAUGGAACAAUUGAUCCCCCAUGCCCACCAAUAUUAAAACUAUGUCUUUGUGUAUAUAUAUAUAUGUGUGAAAAUCAUGAAAAAAUAAUAAA